AUGUAUCCAUCUCAUCUGUGCCCUUGUACGAAUCGACUGAUUUUGCGGCCUCAGGGGCCAGGUUUGAAAGGAUGCGCUUCCCCGUGCGAAAGUUUUUCAACAAACCAUGGAGAGGGGUUUCGAAAUGGAAAUUUGUCUUAUUUCUUUGGCCCAAAAACUUUUCGUUUCCAAGGUUGGCGUGAUGUGAUGUCUUUGCAGCCGAUGGCGGCUGCGGAGAAGCUCGGGAAGGCUCAGGCAAUCUGUGGUGUGACUGUGACUGGAUGUCGGGAUUUCGAGGGUUCGAUUGACUUUCGGCGAGAUAUUGACACUGAAUCCAUAUACGCAAGUUUCAGGGACCGGAACAGAGUUUGUUUGAUUGGAUGUGAUAUCCGGGGUAUCUGGAAUGAGCUUCAGUGGAGGUGGAUGUAUCAGUCCGUGGGCUGA